GGCAUAUUGCAUCGAGACCUCAGUGCAGGAAACAUUGUCAUCCACGACGGCAAGGGCAUUCUCAUUGAUUGGGAUUUAUCAAAGUUAAUCGACAUCAAGGGUGCUCGGCAAGUAACGUGUACAGUUCAUUCAUUCCGUACCAAAGCUUGUUAG